AUGGAGAAAGAGUUCAAAAUCCCACCGGUAUCUUUUGCAUCCGCCGGAAACCCAUCUAUCGGCGACCCAAAUAGCCAACAACGUCGCGUACCAAGACCUCCGUUUCAACCUAACUCCGGCAUCCCUUUCAUGUCAUUCGACAUUGGUUCCGCCGCCGUUUCCACAUCCUCCGGUCCUAUAUACACCGGCCCCGGCAUCGGUGGUGGUUCCGUCAACUUUGACGACGAGGAGCCUCUUCUCGACGAGCUCGGUAUUCACCCAGAUCAAAUCUGGAGCAAAAUCAGAUCGGUUCUUAACCCGUUUCGUGUGAACCACACUGUGCACAAAGACGCUGAUCUAUCUGGUCCUAUUCUUCUCUACAUGGCCUUUUGCUUAUUUCAAUUACUCGCCGGAAAAAUUCAAUUCGGUGUGAUAUUAGGUUGGAUCGUGGUCUCUUCCAUCUUGUUAUACGUUGUUUUCAACAUGCUGGCUGGUCGAACCGGGAAUUUGGAUCUACAUACCUGCACCAGUGUCGUCGGUUAUUCUAUGUUGCCGGUGGUGAUUUUCUCUGCACUGUCUCUUUUUCUUCCACAGGGAGGUUACCUUGGAAUCUCGAUCGCUGCAGUUUUUGUUUUAUGGGCCACUAGGGCUUCCACGGGUCUUGUGGUUUCUCUCACCGAUGGUGGCGAUGAACAUCGUGGGUUGAUAGCGUACGCGUGUUUCUUGAUUUACACUCUGUUUUCGUUGCUUGUUAUAUUCUAG